AUGGGUAUCUGUCCAUCUAAGUUUCGGCAUGAAAUCAACUCUCCUUCGCCGGUAAUCCUCCCGGAUGAUCUCAUCGCGGAAGUCCUGGCCUUUCUUGACGUGAAAUCACUUACACAGCUCAAAUGUGUGAGCAAAUCAUGGUACUCGCUCAUCUCCGAUCCUUUUUUCGUCAAAUUGCAUCUCGAUAAAUCUUCGCAAAAACCACACCUUGCAGUAUUUAGUGCACAAUUUUUAACCCAACAUGGUCAACUCACUGCCUUCAGCCUACACCGUUUACUUGAAAACCAGUCGACCGAUGUUUCCAUUGACGAUUAUACUAAUUACCGUAUGACGAUGGACAACGAGUAUUACAGGAUGGUCGGUUGUUGCAAUGGAUUGUUCUGCUUGCUCCGUUAUUCCAAAACUGAGGGGUAUGAAGAGUUCUCUCUCCGUUUCUGGAACCCCGCCAUGAGAUCGUUGACGGAUGAACUAAGCUCUAUAAGCAUUUCAUGCAACGACAACAAUGACUUCAGAUUCUCAUUUGGUUAUGAUAAUUUAACCAACAAAUAUAAGGUGGUUUCCUUCCGUCCUAGUGAUGUGAGGGUUUUCACUUUGGGCGAAAAUAAUGUUUGGAGAAAUUUCCAAAGUUUUCCGAUGAUUCCUUAUCUUAGUAUUAGUCUUAAUGUUGGUGUCUAUGUGAGUAAUAGUCUUGUUUGGCUUGCCCUUCGCAAUAAGGUCUAUUAUGCUUAUGAUCAAUGGGAAAAUCUUAAAACAACCAUUGAUCAAUUUGUGAUUAUCUCACUUGAUUUGGGAACAGAGACUUACACGCAAAUGCUCCCUCCUCGAGAUUUUGAUGAAGUGCCACUUUUUAUGCCAAUUGUUUCCGUGCUGAUGAAUUGUCUUUGUUUUAGCCAUUGUUCCAAGGAAAAUAAUUUUGUUAUAUGGCAGAUGAGAGAAUUUCGAGUUGAAGCGUCUUGGACUAAACUGUUUAAAUUUAAUUAUCAAAAUAUAUAUCCCGUCAAUGGUCACUCUGACUACCGUCAUUUGUUGCCAUUACACUUUUUUGGUGAUUCCCUGAUAUUGGCAAGCAAUGGACGACAAGUUGUUCUUUAUAAUAGGAGAGAAAAUAAAGUAGAAGCUAGAAAUACCAAUGCCUACUAUUGGUGUUUUGCCAAACAUUAUGUUGAAAGUUUAGUUUCAACUUUUUGA